ACACAAUCUCCACCUCCAUCCAGCAGUCGGACGAGCAGACCGGACAGCGACAUGGCCCUCCAGAUUUUCGUGUUCGCCGCCGUCGUGGCCGUGGCUAGGGCCGGCGUCAUCGGCGCUCCCGCCGUCGCCACGUACGCCCACGCCCCCGUCGCCACGUACGCCCACGCCCCCGUCGCCUACGCCGCCCCCGCCGUGGCCAAGGUCGCCGCCCCCGUCGCCGUCGACACCGACUUCGACCCUCAUCCCCAGUACAGCUACGCCUACGACAUCCAGGACGCGCUGACCGGCGACUUCAAGUCCCAGCACGAGUCCCGCGACGGAGACGUAGUCCAGGGCAGCUACAGCCUCGUAGAGUCCGACGGCACCCGCCGCACCGUCGACUACACCGCCGACCCCGUCAACGGCUUCAACGCCGUCGUGCACAAGGAGCCGGCUGGCCACGCCGUCGCCAAGGUGGCCGCCCCCGUCGGCUACGCCGCCCCCGCCUACGACAAGGUCGCCGCCCCAGCCGCCUACGCUGCCUACGCCGCCCCCGCCGUAGCCAAGAUCCACGCGCCUGUCGCCUACGCCGCUCCCGCUGCGUACGCCGCCCAUGGUGCCUACGCCGCCCCCGCUGCCUACGCCGCCCCUGCCUACGCCAAGGUCGCCGCACCUGUCGCCUACGCCGCACCCGCUGCGUACGCCGCCCAUGGUGCCUACGCCGCUCCCGCUGCCUACGCCGCCCAUGGUGCCUACGCCGCCCCCGCUGCCUACGCCGCCUACGCCGCCCCCGCCGUAGCCAAGGUCCACGCGCCUCUCGCCUACGCCGCCCCGGUCGGCCCCGGCUACGCCAAGGUCGCGUACGGCACGCACGCCACCCCAGCUAUCGCCUAUAAGCACUACUAGCCACCCACGAGCUACUUUCUAGCACGACAUUAUUAGAUGCCACUGUGUGUGCAUGUUCAAUACGUCAAUGCAUUGUCCUUAUUACAUACGCUUUAUAUACAUUUAUAAAUAAACAUGUUAUUCAUAAAAAAA